AUCGUGCUUUUAAAUGUUCUUUCUGCUCAGUAUUUUAUAUACCAAAAACACCUUGUUUUCUAUGCCGAACAUUAUAAUUGAAUAAUAAUUAUCAUAGCCUUUAUUUAAUUCAGGUAAUCCCACUGAGAUCAAGGUCUGUUUUUGGAAGACAGACAUGAGUACAGCAGGACUUUUGGUGGGGCACGUGUAGGUCUGAGAGGUCAUCUUUCGCUGACCGGCUAUGUGACAGUCAGAGUUGCGGCCAAUCAGAGAACUACUUUCAUGCUCGUGCGCCUCCCGCAUAGAUGAAACAGCCAAUGAGAAGUGCAGUACGAUUUUUAAAUCCACCGAGCUCUCACCGCCCUAUUUCGCAGUGUAGUGGUCUGAUAUUUGUCGUUGCAGAGUCAGUGAAUACUGAGACUCCUCGUCCUUUUGGAUUGUUUUGUUUUGGGAACUGACAUGGCAAAAGGGAAGAAAAAUGUUGUGAGAACAGACAAAAAGCCUGAAGACACUAUUGAACUUAAAGUCACCUCACGGAAGGGGACAAAGGAAAACAAACCAGCUACUAACAAGGAUUGCGUAGGUACAGUGCAAUCAAUUUUCCAGAAUUUACGGAGUCCAAACAAACCUAGAUCCCCUCUCAGCGACAGUUCGAGCAUGCUGAUCCAGGAAAGAAAUGAAUCUGAUGCAACUAAUCCUGACAUGUCAAAUCUGAAAAAAGACAUACUUAAUGAAAUAAAAUCUGACAGUUGUGAGUCGAAAGAGCAGGAGCCUAAAAUGGCUUGUCUUAGUCAUGGGAUGAGAGAACAAGCCACUGACCAACUCGAGCAAAAAGAGUCCACGACGCACACAAAUACCAGGUCUGCAGCAGACAUCAAAGCUUCAGCAUCCAAAACUCGGAGUAGAACUGGUCGCAAACUCGGAGCAAAAAAGACAGAGAAUAAAGCUCCCCAAAACAGAAAGGUCACAGACUAUUAUCCCAUCAGACGGAGUAACAGAAAAACUAAGGCAGAGUUAAAGAGUGAAGAACACAGACACAUCGAUGACCUGAUAAAGAAUGGCACUGAAGAAGGAAUGCAGGUCAAACACAUAGAAGGAAAAGGAAGAGGGGUAUUUGCUGUCAAGGACUUUGAAAAGGGCGAGUUUGUCGUGGAGUACCAUGGAGACCUACUGGAACUAGCCAAGGCUAAAAUAAGAGAGGCCGAGUACGCAAAGGAUCCCCAAACAGGCUGUUACAUGUACUACUUCCAGUAUCAAGCUAAAACAUACUGUGUGGACGCUACAAAGGAAACAAGCCGUCUUGGGAGACUGAUCAACCACAGUAAAACUGGCAAUUGCCAGACUAGACUUCACGCAAUCGAUGGAACCCCUCAUCUGAUCUUGGUAGCUUCCAGAGAAAUCAAAGCAGAGGAAGAGCUGUUGUAUGACUACGGUGAUCGGAGUAAAGCCUCAGUCUUGGCCCACCCUUGGCUCAAAUACUGAAUCCUUGACCACAGAAGUUCAUAUUUCAAGAUGAAUUGAUGCUCUCAGCUGUGCUGUUCAUCUUUAUGUAAAAGAUGCUGUAGAUGAGCAGGCCGCAACAUGCUUUUUUUUUUUUAAUUAAGUAUAAAAAAUGUUUUUGUUUUUAAAUGGAGGCUAAUGCUUCAUCUCAUGAAGAGUGUGUUUUUGCAGCAGUUGUUUUUAUCAUGCUUUUUAUAUAUAUUUUUUUUUAAAAAGUCUAAUUGUAGCAGAGUGAUGCAAACUUGAAGAGUAUUUCUCCUGGAUAACCAGGGUUUCACAUUGUCCAUGGGGUUUCCUUUUGUAAUGAAUAUAACUGACAAUUCAAUUUCACUAUUGUAAAUUAUUACCUGUGUUGUAAAUUGAGGAAUAAAACACUGUUGAGUUUUUCUUUCCAGCUGUA